CUAGCAAAAGAAACAAAGAAAAUACUAAAUCUCGCUGUUAUCUUCAGUGUUCCACCAAAAUAAGAAAAAGAACAUCAGAUCCAAUCUCGAGAUAUAAUUCAUUCCAGCUUGUCAGUUAAAAUGCCUCUGAAAUGCGAAACACUUUUGAAACAGUUUCAGUUUCAAUGAACUCAAAUAUUGCUUUCUCAAUAAAAGCCCUGCUAUUAGUUUAAUGCUUCCUGAUUCCAUCUUUGCGCCAACAUGAUAAGAUCAAAAAUCAAACUUUGGUUGUUAAAAGGUUAAUAUUUGUGUCAAUAACUUUAAAUGCUUGAUUAUUCAUAUAUUCUUUCACACCCACUUUAGGUUCUAUAAUUUCUAGCUUUUUUAUGGAUUGGCAAGAUUCUACUUCAAUCCCCAUAACACAGUCUUACUCCUUGUGUUCAUUAUUUACUACUAUUAUCCUUCACUUUCUUAUUCCCUGUUGAAAAAGCACAAAAAGAGAAAGAGAAGAAACAGCAAGCCGAAAGGAGAUAAAAAGCCAAAGAGUAGCACAGCAACCGUUAAGAAGCCGGCGCCAAUAUUCGUUGUUGGUUCCUCUUCCUCUCUCAAAACCCGUGGCAACCCAAGUUUUCUAUUUUAAAACCCGUUAAGCCUUAAACACUUUGUCUUCUUAUUCUCUUUAAACUACUCUUCUCUAUUUGUCUGGUCACUAACUAUUCUCUUCUUUAAAUAUCUUUCUUUCUCUAGCUUGCUUGAUUUUAACCUGUAUCAUUUUAACUCUUUCAUGAUGGAGAAUGGUUUCUCUUCUUCUCCUCGAAACGACACGUUUAAUCCUGCUGGCCUUCGUGUUCUUGUGGUUGAUGAUGAUCCAACUUGGCUUAAAAUCCUUGAAAAGAUGCUCAAGAAGUGUUCUUAUGAAGUAACUACAUGUGGUUUAGCCCGAGAUGCCUUAAGCUUGCUUCGCGAGAGAAAGGAUGGUUAUGAUAUCGUUAUCAGUGAUGUUAAUAUGCCUGAUAUGGAUGGUUUCAAACUCCUUGAGCAUGUUGGCCUUGAAAUGGACUUGCCUGUGAUCAUGAUGUCUGUUGAUGGAGAGACGAGCCGUGUAAUGAAAGGUGUCCAACAUGGAGCUUGUGAUUACCUUCUGAAGCCCAUCAGGAUGAAGGAGCUUCGAAAUAUUUGGCAGCAUGUCCUCAGAAAGAGGAUACACGAGAUACGAGACAUUGAGAGUCUCGAAGGGUUCGAAACUGUUCAAAUGUCUAGAAAUACAUCAGAUCAGUCUGAUGAUGGACAUCUGCUUUCUGGAGAAGAUCUGACCUCUAUGAAGAAAAGAAAAGACAUUGAAAACAAGCAUGAGGACAAAGAUUAUGGGGAUCCCUCAUCAACCAAAAAGGCUAGAGUGGUGUGGUCGGUCGACCUUCAUCAAAAGUUUGUGAAAGCUGUAAAUCAGAUAGGAUUUGAUAAAGUUGGUCCUAAAAAAAUUCUGGACUUGAUGAAUGUGCCAUGGCUAACAAGAGAAAAUGUUGCAAGCCAUUUGCAGAAGUACCGCCUCUAUUUGAGUAGACUACAGAAGGAAAAUGAUUUGAAAACUUCUGUUGGUGGGGUAAAGCAAAUAGAUUCUCCUCCAAAAGAUUCCAAUGGAAUUUUAGGAAUUCAAAGCCCGGUCAGCAUGCAACAAACUGAUGUUUCAAAUAACAGCUUUAUGUUUCCUUGCAGUAAAUCCCUUAUCCAGACUGUGAGUCCCAAGGGUGUUGAUGGUGACCUUAAGGGGAUUAUUUCAGUGCCAGUAACAGAAGCAAAAAGAGCUUUAAUUGUUGAUAUUCCUGAUCCCCGUAAGGGCAGGAGUUCACAACGGGGUCCUGACUGUUUUGCCCCACCAGAAGCAGAUAUAAGCUUCACUGCUUUUGAUUCUUCUAUGCCAGCCCAAUUUUCUUGGUGUGAAGUUCCAGAAUCACCAUUCAAGCAUGAAUACAGACCGUCUCAGGAUGGUUUCAGCCAUCUACCUCUGCCCAGCUCUCAGCAUUCCAUACAAAAUGAUCAUAAACAGUCAGUUCCGUCCAUAAGUUCCAGACCUUCUGUGGCUGACAGACACAUUGAAAUUAAGCCUUUGGAUGCCAGGUACAGAAGCCAUCAUUCCAAUCAUAAAUGUCCAACAGGAACUAUGCUUGAGCCUUUCCUUGGCCAAGCAGAGACCCACAUUGCAAAUCAUCAAGAUUUUGAUCCCAUUUCCACUACGCCACAGAGCAUGAAAAAUCAGGACUUUAAUCUGAGUUCUAUUUCUAAUGUGGAAUCUGUCCAGAGAAACAUAAACUGUGGAAUCGGGUCAUCUCUUGCAUUGCAGGAUGAGGACUUAAAACUAUAUUUACUUCAAGGUGAUUGCUUGGCGAUGAAUCUUGGGCUCCAGGAUAUUGAAUUUUCAAUUUAUGAUGAUCUCUUCAAUGAAGUGCCAUUUCACUUUUACGACUCUAGGUUUGACUACGAGCUUCCCUGUGACCCAACAGAGUAUUCUGUUGUCGAUCAAGGUUUGUUCAUAGCAUGAACUUGUCUGCCAGUCAUAUGUCUGUGAUGCGUAAUGGAUAUUUUGCUUUCUCAUAUUAGGUGAUCAUUCUAUAAAUGGAGUGAUACAACUCUUAAGAAUUGAGAUCUUAUUUUCUCAUUAGCUAGAUUUGGACGUUAACGCAUGUGUAAUACGAGUGAUGACAAUCAUUAAGCAUAAUACUCUUGCUACUUGAAGUUCUUUACAUCAAGUAGGCGUGAGCUACUUAUUUAUAUGUAUGUAAAAGAUGCAAUGAGUGCAACUGUAGGUGGCAAUGCUUGAUCUGUCAUCAGUCAUAGCAAUGUCUGUAUAAGUGUUGUUAGCCAAUUUGAAAACAAUGUCCUUGCUGACUGCUCUUUA